UGGCACGGUAUAUAUAUAGACAUCUAGCAGACUACAAAAUUGUGCAGUUGUAUGGUUGAUAUCUCUCUGUGCAGCUCUAUAUCGUUUGAUAUACGCAACAGUUGUUACAUAUAUUUCAAAAUGAUCAUUAGAUUUAUCAAACGAAACAAAUAUUUUGCUUUCGUACCUCUUCUUUUCGAGGAAGAAAAUCCUUUCGACAAAAUCAGAGAUAAGAAUGCACUUUCCAGUGACGUUGCCAAUCAAACUGGUUUUCAGAGGUUACAAAAUUUAUUUAAGAAACAGUUCAAGAGAUAAUAGUCUAUUUCAUCCAUCAGUCAUAACGACAAUACACAAUACAAUAACUGCACUGAUAGUGGGAGGACUUUAUGGUGGUGCAACAACUUCGAGAACUACAUUCAUAAGUUUCAUUGAAAAUAAUGAGGCCACACAAUUUAUCAGUCAACACGAUGCCAAACGAAGACUAUCGGACAAAAUGUUUACAAGCUUUAUGCAAGGAUUUACGAGAACUGGUCUUAAAGUAGCUGUUUUCUGUGGAGCAUUAUCGGCUACGUAUACAAUUAUUUCAGUCUAUAAUAAUAAAGAUUCAGUGAUGUACUACACGGCUGCAGGGUCAGUUGCAGGAGCAUUAUACAAGUUUCCAUUAGGCUCCAAGGGUAUGAUCGCGGGAAUGUUUUUUGGAGGCUGUUUUGGAAGUAUACUUGGAGCUUUUAAAUGGGUUACAUUUAAAAUAACAAACUAUUCUGAAGAGCAACUUCGACUAUUGACAGCCGAGAGAGCAGCCGCACGGGAAGAAGCCAUCGUUGCAGGCAUGAAAUAUAAAAGUGAAAAAAAAAUGGAAAAAGAGUUAGUAGAAGCCAUGAGACAUUAUUGAGCAUGAUUGUCAGUCAACUCAUCGGCAGUAGGUCAAAUUUGUAAAAUUAUUUAUAUAUAUUGACAUUGUAAUAAAACUAUUGUUAUUGAAAA